AUGGCGCGCGCGCGCGUCUCGGCGGCGACGACCGCUCGCGCGACGGUGUGCACACCGCGAGCCGGUAGGACGCAUCGAAGCGCGCGGCACGGAGCGCGAAGAGCGCGCGAGAAGUUUAAAGUGCAUUCGUCGAGCGAUGACGCGAACGACGACGCGCGACGCGAUGGGACCGCGAGCGCGUCCACGAGCGCGUCAGUGGACGACAACGAUAUCAGACAAUCGCUCUUCGGCGUCGACCUCGCGAGCGUGGGACCGGGUUUAGCCCCGAGUGCGCUCACGGCGUCGCUCGGCGCGUUCGCGUUUGGAUAUCACACCGCGGCGUGUAACGCGCCCUUGGACGCGAUCGCGAACGAUCUCGCGUUCGGCGGUGAUCAAGGGUUGAAAGGAUUGGUCGUAAGCGCGCUCGUGAUCGGGGGCGCGCUGGGGGGUCUGGGUGUGGGCGGGGUGAGCGACGCGCUCGGGCGGCGGUUGACGCUCGCGUGGACGAGCGCGCCCCUCAUCGCGGGUGCAUUGAUGAGCGCGUACGCGCCGAACGCGGCAGUGAUGAUCGCAGGGAGGUUCAUCGCGGGUGUCGGCGUGGGCGCGUCGUCGCAGAUCGUGCCUCUGUAUCUGAGCGAAAUAUCGCCGCCGGCGCUGAGAGGGACUUUGAACGGUGUGCGGAGGAUGGCGUACGUGUUCGGAUGUUUAGCGGCGUUUCAGAUCGGUGACGGCUUGAAGGUGACGGGUGGAGAAGGAUGGUGGCGAGAGGUCUUCAUCGACGCCACAUUUCCCGCGGUUUUGCUCGCCGUAGGUGCGAUGACGAUUGCGCAAGAGAGUCCAGUAUGGCUACUGACGAGGCAAGACGAGGCGUCGGUGAAACAAUCGCGCAAGGCGCUCGCGAUUUUACAAAACAUUCGCGGUCGAAACGCACGGGCGUGGCAGAAUUCGCUCAUGAGCGCCGCGGCAGCGCCGUUUAGCAUAGACGAGGGUGAUGAGGAGACGGAGGAAAAAUCGUGCCCGCGCGAGACACCGACGGUGUCGUCCUGGGGUGAUUUGAUCUCCCAGGAGAGGAAUCGUCUACCGCUGUCGAUCGGUAUCACGCUAUGCGGAUUGUCUGCAUUUUCCGGUGCGAACACCGUCAUCUUCUACGCCUCCACGGUGUUCACGAGUGUCGGGAUCAAUAACGCCGACAUCCUCACAUGGGCCGUCGGUGUCCCAAACGUCAUUGGCGGAUUUGUUGCACUGGCGCUCAGCGACAAAGUCGGGCGUCGCCCACUUCUACUCGCCUCAUUCAGUGGUAUGAGCGCGUGCCUGGGAUUUCUCGCAUUCGCCGCGUUUUUGACGCCGCAGAACAUGCCAAUCAACGCAUACUGCGCUGAUCCAAAUCUCGGCGUUCUCGUCGGAGCUCUGAAUCCCCCAAUCGACGACGGGUUGUACUCGUACCCGACACUCUCCGCGGCGCAGAUAAUCUGCGUUGAUCUUGGCACCGACUUGACGGCAAUGGGUCCGGCGCAGCCGGAGGCGGCGGUCGCCCUCGUCACCAUUCCUCUGUACGUUUUAUUCUUUUCUCUCGGCGCCGGUCCGAUUCCGUGGUUGCUCUACAACGAAGUGUUCCCAACUCGGAUACGCGCGAGAGCGGUCUCGGCAUGCACAGCGUUGAACUACGCGGCGAAUUCCAUCAUCGGCGCGACAUUCUUGCCAAUGGUGAGCGCUUACGGCUUGAGCGGAUCGUACGGGUUGUACACGCUGUUGUGCGCGGCGGGAUACGUCUUCGUGGACAGAUACGUGCCGGAGACCAAGGGAGUUCCUCUCGAGGACGUCGAGGCACUGUUGAGGCGCACCGCUCACGGUAAAAGUCUCAAAGCUUCCGAUUAA